AGGGAGGAGGGGAGCGGAGGGAAGGCGGGCCCUCGGCUGCGAGCGAGCGAGCGGGGGGAGGGGAGGGGAGAGCCCGGGCUGGAGUUGGUGCUGGGAAACCCGGGGCUCAUGUUGACAACAGGCUCCAGGUGGAAUAUUGGAAGUUUUCCGUUUUGCUUGAAAACCUUUUGAACAAUAUUUGGCCAGUUAUUAAAGCUAUGGAUUUAUGAAAAGAGAUUGUCCUGGGUCACAUAAUGCCAGCUGAGCGUAAAAAGUCAGCAAGUAUGGAAGAAAAAGAUUCUUUACUAAACAACAAGGAAAAAGACUGCGGUGAAAGGCGACCAGUAAGCAGUAGGGAGAAACCAAAAGACGAGAUCAAGCUCACUGCCAAGAAGGAGGUUAUUAAGGUCCCUGAAGAGAAAAAGAAGAAACUGGAAGAAGAUAAGCGAAAAAAAGAAGACAAGGAACGCAAGAGAAAAGAAGAAGAAAAGGUGAAGGUAGAAGAGGAGUUAAAGAAAAAAGAGGAAGAAGAAAAAAAGAAACAUGAAGAGGAAGAGAGAAAACAGCAAGAAGACGAGGCAAAACGACAGCAAGAGGAAGCAGCGGCCCAGAUGAAAGAGAAAGAAGAAUCCCUUCAGCUUCAUCAGGAAGCUUGGGAACGACAUCAGCUAAGGAAGGAACUUCGUAGCAAAAACCAAAAUGCUCCAGAUAACCGACCGGAGGAAAACUUCUUUAGCCGGCUGGACUCGAGCUUGAAGAAAAAUACUGCUUUUGUGAAGAAACUAAAAACUAUUACGGAACAGCAGAGAGACUCCUUGUCUCAUGACUUCAGUGGCCUGAAUCUGAGCAAGUACAUUGCCGAGGCCGUGGCGUCCAUCGUGGAGGCCAAGCUGAAGAUCUCCGACGUGAACUGUGCCGUGCACCUGUGCUCUCUCUUCCACCAGCGCUACGCCGACUUUGCCCCAUCCCUCCUGCAGGUCUGGAAGAAGCAUUUUGAAGCAAGGAAAGAGGAGAAAACCCCGAAUAUCACCAAGUUAAGAACCGAUCUGCGUUUUAUUGCAGAAUUGACAAUAGUUGGGAUUUUCACUGAUAAGGAAGGGCUUUCCUUAAUCUAUGAACAGCUAAAAAAUAUUAUUAAUGCUGAUCGAGAAUCCCAUACUCACGUGUCUGUGGUUAUCAGCUUUUGUCGACAUUGUGGCGAUGACAUUGCUGGGCUUGUACCAAGGAGAGUGAAGAGCGCUGCAGAGAAGUUUAAUUUGAAUUUUCCUCCUGGUGAGAUAAUCAGUCCAGAGAAACAGCAGCCUUUCCAGAACCUUUUAAAAGAAUACUUUACGUCUUUGACCAAACACCUGAAAAGGGACCACAGGGAGCUACAGAAUACUGAGAGACAAAACAGGCGUAUUCUGCAUUCUAAAGGGGAGCUAAGUGAAGACAGACACAAACAGUAUGAAGAAUUUGCCAUGUCUUACCAGAAGCUGCUUGCAAACUCUCAGUCCUUAGCAGAUCUCUUGGAUGAAAAUAUGCCAGAUUUGCCUCAAGACAAGCCAACACCGGAGGAGCAUGGACCUGGAAUUGAUAUAUUUACUCCGGGGAAACCCGGAGAAUAUGACUUGGAAGGUGGGAUAUGGGAAGAUGAAGACGCUCGGAACUUUUACGAAAACCUUAUUGAUCUGAAGGCUUUUGUUCCUGCCAUCUUGUUUAAAGAUAAUGAAAAAAGUUGUCAGAGUAAAGAGUCGAACAAAGAUGAUUCUAAAGGAGAGGUGAAAGAAUCUAAGGAUAAUAAGGAGGUUACAAAUCCUGAUGAUUUGGAACUUGAAUUGGAGAACCUUGAAAUUAAUGACGACACUUUGGAGUUAGAGGGUGGAGAUGAAGCCGAAGAUCUCACAAAGAAGCUUCUUGAUGAGCAAGAACAAGAGGAUGAAGAAGCCAGCACUGGAUCUCAUCUCAAGCUCAUAGUAGAUGCUUUUCUCCAGCAGUUGCCCAACUGUGUCAACCGAGAUCUGAUCGACAAGGCAGCAAUGGACUUUUGCAUGAACAUGAACACAAAAGCAAAUAGAAAGAAGUUGGUACGGGCACUCUUUAUAGUUCCCAGACAAAGGUUGGACUUGCUACCAUUCUAUGCAAGAUUGGUUGCUACAUUGCAUCCCUGCAUGUCUGAUGUAGCAGAGGAUCUUUGUUCCAUGCUGAGGGGGGAUUUCAGAUUCCAUGUACGAAAAAAGGACCAGAUCAAUAUUGAAACAAAAAAUAAAACUGUUCGUUUUAUUGGAGAACUUACUAAGUUUAAGAUGUUCACCAAAAAUGACACACUCCAUUGUUUAAAGAUGCUUCUGUCCGACUUUUCCCAUCACCAUAUUGAAAUGGCGUGUACCCUACUGGAAACAUGUGGAAGAUUUCUUUUCAGAUCUCCAGAAUCACACUUGAGGACCAGUGUACUCUUGGAACAAAUGAUGAGAAAGAAACAAGCAAUGCAUCUCGAUGCAAGGUACGUCACGAUGGUGGAGAAUGCUUAUUACUAUUGCAACCCUCCCCCGGCUGAGAAAACGGUGAAGAAAAAGAGGCCUCCGCUCCAGGAGUAUGUCCGGAAACUGCUGUACAAGGACCUCUCCAAGGUCACCACUGAGAAGGUUUUGAGACAGAUGCGCAAAUUACCCUGGCAGGACCAAGAAGUGAAAGACUAUGUCAUUUGUUGUAUGAUAAACAUCUGGAACGUGAAAUAUAACAGCAUUCACUGUGUGGCCAACCUCCUGGCAGGGCUGGUGCUGUAUCAGGAGGAUGUUGGAAUACACGUUGUGGAUGGGGUUUUAGAGGAUAUUCGGUUAGGAAUGGAGGUUAAUCAGCCAAAAUUUAAUCAGAGACGUAUCAGCAGUGCCAAGUUCCUAGGAGAACUUUAUAAUUACCGAAUGGUGGAAUCAGCUGUUAUCUUUCGAACUCUUUAUUCCUUUACUUCGUUUGGUGUCAACCCUGAUGGCUCGCCGAGCUCGCUGGACCCUCCAGAGCAUCUCUUCCGAAUUCGACUAGUCUGCACUAUUUUGGACACCUGCGGCCAGUACUUCGACAGAGGCUCCAGCAAACGAAAACUUGAUUGCUUCCUUGUAUAUUUUCAGCGUUACGUUUGGUGGAAGAAAAGUCUGGAGGUUUGGACAAAAGACCACCCAUUUCCUAUUGACAUAGAUUACAUGAUCAGUGAUACUCUUGAGCUGCUUAGACCAAAGAUCAAGCUCUGCGAUUCUCUGGAAGAAUCCAUCAGGCAGGUGCACGACUUGGAACGAGAAUUCUUAAUAAAACUAGGCCUCGUAAAUGAUAAGGAUUCCAAAGAUUCGAUGCCAGAAGGGGAGAACCUUGAUGACGAUGAGGAAGAAGAGGAGGGAGGAGCUGAAACGGAGGAGCAGUCUGGGAACGAGAGUGAAGUGAACGACCCGGAAGAAGAGGAGGGUUCUGAUAACGACGAUGAUGAAGGAGAGGACGAAGAGGAGGAGAACACAGAUUACCUUACAGACUCCAAUAAGGAGAAUGAAACUGAUGAAGAGAAUACGGAGGUAAUGAUUAAAGGAGGUGGACUUAAACAUGUGCCGUGUGUGGAAGAUGAAGACUUCAUUCAAGCUCUGGAUAAGAUGAUGCUAGAGAAUCUCCAGGUACAACGGAGUGGUGAGUCUGUUAAAGUGCACCAGCUGGAUGUCGCCAUUCCCUUGCACCUCAAAAGCCAGCUGAGGAAAGGGCCCCCCCUUGGUGGGGGGGAGGGAGAGGCGGAGUCUGCAGAUACGAUGCCGUUUGUCAUGCUAACAAGAAAAGGCAAUAAGCAGCAGUUCAAGAUCCUUAAUGUCCCCAUGUCUUCCCAACUUGCUGCGAAUCACUGGAAUCAACAGCAGGCGGAGCAAGAGGAGAGGAUGAGAAUGAAGAAGCUCACUCUCGACAUCAACGAACGGCAGGAGCAGGAAGAUUACCAAGAGAUGUUGCAGUCUCUCGCCCAGCGCCCGGCUCCAGCCAACACCAACCGGGAGCGGCGGCCUCGCUACCAACAUCCCAAGGGAGCACCUAAUGCGGAUCUAAUCUUUAAGACUGGCGGGAGGAGACGCUGAUCCGGCAGCACGUGUCAUUCCAUUAGGUCCUGUAUCUGAUGUUGUGGAUAGUGGAGUCCUCCAGCAAUGGAAUGAGCAGUGGACACAUCUCAGCAUGGCGGUCUAGAGAGUUGCGAGUCUAAACCUGGGACAGGCUGGGGCCAUGAGGCGGGAACAGCAGCCUCGCCAACACCGGAACAAGCCGAGGCUUCCAGACGAGGCACACGGCCUUUUGAAAUGGAAAUCAUGUGAGGGUUAAUCUUCUCUCGAGAGUGGCCGUCGGGAAUGAGAUGGUUCACUCCACACCUGCGCAGUUCCACCACGCGUCAGUGAGAUGACUUGAGUCGGAGAAGAAACAGUUGUGAUGGGAAUGGCAUGGGGGAAGUGAACCUGAGUUUACACUUGAUCUGAGUUACAGCGUCUCUGAAUCAAACAUCCCGUGUUGGAAGAAGAUACAUUUGGGGGCUCCAGGACUACAGUAGAAAAGCAUAGAGCAAGCAGUCAAACCUUCUAGCAAAAACUUACAUGCAGGACAACAAAAGUGAUGAAAGAUCUCCAAAUACUAGAUAAUCCGCCAGGAAGGCUUUCGUUUAGGAAUUGGUUUCAAGAGGAACAAGGGAUGAGGGAGGAAAAAAAAUCAGUUUCAUCUAUCAGAGUCAGUAAUACACAAUUGCCUACUAGGGUAAAGGAAAGAUGUGAAGACUAUUAGCAUACCAAGAGCGUGAGUUGAGAUGCUUAGGGAGGUGUGGUGCCAGCCUCAGCACAGGGAGUGGAGCCCCGCGUAAGUAUCAUUGAAACCAGCCGCCUGCCAGGCAGGGAGUCCGGAGCAGGGGCGCCGGGCAGCGAGGCGGGGGUCCGAAGACUGUGUUGACCUUCAUGGGUUUACAGCUCUGUCUCGAAACUAAGUAUGGAAAUAGUAGAGCUUUUAUUUUGCUUUCGUUUUUUUGUUUCUGUUUUUGUUUUGUUUCACCCCCACCCCACCUCACCCCCGCCCCACCCCCACUGGUAGAAACGGGGGUCCUUAGUCUGUCUCUGGAGAUGUUAAUUUAUUAGGAUAGCUGUCUUCCGUUGGCUUUCCCACAGGCACAGUACCUUUAGUUCAAGAGCACCUCUGGAGGCCACAACUUGAUUACAUCUAUUUUUCUUUCUAGCAAUUUUACAUUUUUUUUCUUUUACCAUGUUUCUGUUUCUGCAUGUAGAAUUAAAUAAGAAACAAAACCUGUAAAGUUGUAACAUUUCACAUGGAAAUGCUGCCCGAUCUUCACCAGCUUCAGAAAUCUGACCUUUGCCGAUGCUGCAAUAAAGUGUUGUAAUUUA